AUGUCCACCCUGAACCAGAUGCAUCGCAGCGGGCCGCACAUAAAGCAGCGUCCCCCGAGGCAACCGCUGGACGGGAAACCCUUUGCCAAAGGCAUCAUCCUCAAGACGCUCAUCAAGAAGCCGAAAAAACCGAACUCGGCCAACCGAAAGUGCGUCCUGGUGCGGCUCAGCACCGGCAAGGAAAUGGUCGCCUACGUGCCCGGCAUCGGGCACAAUCUGCAGGAGCACAACAUCGUGCUGGUGCGGGUGGGGCGAAUGCAGGAUCUGCCCGGUGUUAAGUUGAAAUGCGUCCGCGGAAAGUACGAUCUGCCGCACGUGAUCAAGCAGCAGAAGUGA